AUGCUCUCGAGGGUGGCACGACUGCAGCGCAUAUGCUGGGUAUGCCGUCUGUGUAUCCCUCGCCAGGCUGCUGCCGUGCCAAUUCGUUGUCCGCCAAGCCCUACAAACGGACGACAGGUACGAUGUGUUUCCGAUUUCUCGCCGCAGAGUAAAGAGAGAAUAGAAGCACUUAUAUCAGGGGCGCUUGAUGAUUUUGAAUCAAAACCUAGUGGCAGCCGUGCUGGAAAACGCCGACCCGGUCGAAGAAAGAAGAGCCAGAAGCGCGGCGAUGUCCAUGACAAAUCUACUCCGUGGGCGCUCGAACCAGAGAAAGACUGCAGAUUGUCUGAGAACUGUGAUGUAAAUGCGACUGAAGGAGCUAGCACUACUCCGGGAGAUGCAUCGACCAGCGACGGACCGCCGACAGCGCCCCUGCCGAAGUCAACAUGUAAAGGCCAGCCUUGUCCAGGGACAGAAGAAUUUUCCGAUGAAUUCUUGUAUCGCAAGAGCUUGGGAGUCGACGCCUUGGGCAAACCUGCCGAUGCAAUCAUCAUCAAGAACCCCAAUAAAAUUCGGGACCCAAAGAAGGUCACAUCUGAGGCUGUGAAAGAAGCUCAGCAUGUUAAUGUGACCGGGGCCAGCUUCACUUGGCGGGAUGUAAUAUCCCAAAAGCAAGACGAGGUCGAUGAAUCAGGCUUCUCGAAAGAAAUCUGGGAAAAUAUCGAGGAGAUGCGUCCCAAAGACAGGACCAUCAUCACAAGGAAAGAUUUUGACAACUUGGUUGAAUACCUGGUUGAUGGAUUUACUGCAGGACAGCUCAUGACCUACUUGAGCCGUGCGAGCUCGUACAAGACUUUGAGAAGUACUAAUGAGCCCCCGUAUCCUUGGCUAACUCAGCAGAGUGCAUGGGCUGCUACCGAGCCCUUGGAUCGGCGCUCCUACAAGCCGAAGGAGCGGCAGGCUGUGGCGAUUCUGACGGCCGUGUGGAAGCUGGAAAUCCAGGAGCACAUUGAGGGCUUCGGAAGAACUGUCGUCUGGCUCAGGCCAGAUAUUUUCAGUCUGGUUGCCAGUCCCCAAAGCGGCAUCAUUGGGCGGCUCAGUGCUGACUUUCUGGAUGAGUCAAACAAGGAAAUAAUAACGUCGAGCCUGGAAGACUAUAGGCUAAGCAUUUACACUCGCAAGCCCACUGUUGCCACGAUUUUGGCGCGCCUUGACGAGAUUGUGCGGACCAUUAAGUCUCAAACGAUUUCUGUCGAUCAAGUAAAACAAGACAACCUAGAGACAUCAGUCCUAGUGGAGCUGGAGAAAAUAACAAAGACUGCUUUGAAGUACAAUGCAGCAUCUUCCACGCUCCUUGUAUCAUGGCUCCCCGAAACGGAUGUCUCCAAUGGAAAGACCGAAAGCCCAGCUGAUAUAGUUUCGAGGCUACUCAUUGGCCGAGAAACCUCGCCACAACACGCAGAUGCUCGGGUUCUUCCCAGAGUCAAAUCAAAAAAGAGCGUGUUCCUAACCCAUCAGCGGGAUAAACGAAGCAUGGCUUGGAGAGACAGGCUCCGGCACUGGUAUCGUUUUGUUUCUCAUAUCGGUAAACCGACCGAGGCGGCUACAGAGGGCCUGGGCUUUCGCACCAAGAUCGAACUGAAGCAGCCCAACGCACAGUCUGCUCAAGAAUCUAAUGAAGUCACGGCAGUGUUUGGUCAUAUACUGCAUACCGAACAACACAUCUCCCAACUCAAGCUAGCCAAAUCUCGCCGGGUCCUCAGCCCGGUUAUUCCGCAUCCCGCCGCUCUUACUCUAGUCACAGCCGACACACCAUCUCCGAGCACCCGAAAGACAGCCAUCGUUCUCAACUUUGCACCCGAAAGUCCACCAAAAACUUCCCUGCCAGGCUCUACUCCUCUUAUUCGUCUGCGGAUACCAAUCACCCCGUUCACUGAUCUAUCCAACUUUUCGUUCCCUGACGCAUCAGUUCUCGAGGCAGUCAUGCCGUGGCAAGAAAGCGACGUCAUGCUCCCAGACAGCAGCGUAGAUGUCCGCCUGACCCAAAAGCGGCUGAUCCCUCUUGAUGCCAAACAGCUUUCCCUCCAGGCGUUUCUGCAAGAUUCCGAUUUCAACCUCCUUCAAGGACGCCUCAGAACACCCAGUAGGAUCAGCUUCGCCAUGCCAAGUUUCAUAUCUACCAACCAGGACACCUCGUCGACCGACUUCGUCGCAACACCACACAUAUUCAUGGGCCUUGAGAUCCAUCAAACCAUCGAAGUGGAAUGGAAAUCCCACACCCUCCGCUACAGCAGCAUCGAAGCCGGCCAGCAUGGCGGCCAGCAGCAAAUACUUUCACUAGUUGCUGGCCCACUGAGCAACCAAGGCCGCACAACUACCGAAGAGCAACUAUGCAGUUUCUUGACGCUGGUCGAGGAGACUGCCCGCGGGGCACACUUUUCAUGGGAUGAAGGCUACAAACUGAUGAGCCAGCGGGCCGCCGAGCAAUUUAGUUGGGACAUGAUGGACACGGAUUAUGCCCAGCAAGAUUCCACCAUCGCAGAGGAAACAGACCAGCAACCCGGACUAGAACACGGCCGCGACGGGCAGGAGGCACGGUUGCAUGACUGA